UGUUCUCGCGAUACGUGUUUUGCAAAAACAGCUGACUUGACAUAUCUGGAUUUACGUGGUAGAGCUAGGGAUCCUGUAUUUAUUUUUGCCCAAGGUAGCUAAUUUAGCUAGAGUUCAUUUUACACCACUUCAUAACACGCGUGUCGUGCAGAGGGAAAAUAUGGCAGACACUGAUCCAAAGUCAGUUCAGGACCUUACAAAUGUGGUCCAGACGCUGCUGCAACAGAUGCAGGAUAAAUUCCAGACCAUGUCAGACCAGAUCAUCGGAAGAAUUGAUGAGAUGAGCACCCGCAUCGAUGACCUGGAGAAGAACAUUGCUGACCUCAUGACCCAGGCAGGCGUGGAGGAGAUCGAGGGGGUCAAGGAACCACAAGUCAAAGAAGGACAAGGGUCAUGAAGGUUGCCAGACGACAAGCUGUCAAGGACUUUCUUCAGGAGCAGCAUACUCUUCCACUAUAACCAUGAACUAUUUUGAUUUAGUGUGUUGUGAAAUGCUUUUUUAUAUUGACUAUUGUAAUAAAAGUAACAGUUCUAAUGUA